AUGUAUCGUUUACCUUUGGAUGUGAUAUUUUGUGUUUUCUUAAAAUAUUUUGAAACGAAAGGUAUCUUCAAGACAAAGAGAAAAGGGAAAAUAGGGAAAGUUCAAAUCAUACGCUUCCUCUCCCCGUCGGAUUCGUAUCGACGCAGUCCAUGACUAGUUGGUAGCCCAGCAGCCUCUGCAUUCUGCCAUGGACGAACCCCCUACUUGUGCAACUACUUACAGCCCCUUUGUUGAUGAAACCACCGACGACGACCGCGAAGAUAUUGCCGCGGUUGAUUCAUCUCCGGGGAACUCAACCCGGACGCUGUACGACCCUCCCCCGUGCUCAAAUCGCAAUAGGAAGAAGAAGAAGAAGAAGAAAAGGGUUGUCAUUGAUAACGUCCAAGUACUGCCUUCUUCGUCUUCUUCGUCUUCUUCUUGUUCUUCGCCCGCCAGAUUGUUGCAGAGAGGCGUCAAUUGCAAACGCCGACGGCCCAAAGUUAUAAUUGCUCAAUCGCGGCGUAUUGAUGGAGAUUUUGAAAAUGUGGCGCUUUUAUUGGGAAUGUCGUUCGCAGCUUUUGUUGCCCAGGUGCUUGAGAGGCAGGACAUGUCUGGUGAAAGGAUGCCUGUUGAUCAUCUCUCAGUGAUAUGCACUUCAGGUAUAAGAGAAUCUCUGGUCAAUGUUUUUGGGGACAAGCUUGAUUGGUUUCUAAAGAAAUUUGAGAGUUCAUUUAGCAGCACAUUAAGAACUCUUAGAUCAAUCAGUGAAGCAUCUGCAAGAACUGGAGUGUAUUCUGGCAGCAAACGCAAGGAAGAAAAAAUCGCAGUAGAUUCGACCCUUGAUAGGAAAAGGGAUGUGACAAGUAGCUCUAGUUUGGAAAAAUGUAUCUUGGAAGAAUUUUCUAGGAGCGACACACCUGUUGAUCAAUUAAGUUUAAUUGAAGACGUAAAGGAAAGCGUUUCUGAUUCAUUUGUUCAUCAGUUAGCUUUGAGUAUACUGAGAAAUGAUGAGGUUUCUGUUUCCCCACGGGCAGUUGGUUUUUACAGAAAAGAGCUAGCAGUUGGCACUUUUGAAAGAUCUGUUGCCGAACAGGCACGUGCAAACGAUCUUAAGACAGUGGAGCUUAGCCUUGAAAUGAAGAAAAUAAAAUUGAAGGAGAGAGAGAUCGCAAUCAACUGUGACUCAAACAAUCUUGAGAGGUCAAAAUUGGCAAUGGGCAUAUCAAAAGCCUCUUUUAAGGCCAAGAAGUUCAAGAAUCAGGUAGAAGACACAAGACAUUCAGAACUGCUUAAAAAGUGCAUAGACUGUCUUGUUGCUGGUUUGCUUAUAAUGUCCGUGGCCCUCUCUUACGGAGCAUAUGUUUAUUCAUACCAUAGAAUUUCUGAAGCUACUGCAGUUUGUACACCUUCAACCCAGGGUUCAAAAUCUUGGUGGAUGCUAAAUCCUAUGGCAUCUUUGAACUCCGGGUGGCAUGUAUUAAGGUGUCAAGUUCAAGUUGUGAGUCGGAUGGCGUUUGGUGUGAUUAUGAUUCUUGCAAUUGCUUACUUGCUUCUCCAACGCUCAGCAACUUCAAACCAGGCAAUGCCAAUUACUUUCAUCGUCUUGUUGCUGGGAGGUGCUUGCGGUUUAGUUGGGAAGUUGUGCAUUGACACACUGGGAGGAAGCGGAUAUCAUUGGCUUAUGAUUUGGGAAACAUUGUGCUUAUUGCACUUAUUUGCAAACAUUUUUACGUCUGCACUGUUUUUGAUCCUACAUGGUCCGAUUGAGGUUUCUCAGGCCAAAAAUCGUCACAUGAUCUUGCCAUAUUGGUUUCGCCGUGUUGUAUUCUACACCCUUCUACUUGUGUUUAUGCCAUUGUUGUGUGGGCUAAUUCCAUUUGCAGGUAUUAGUGAAUGGAAAGACCAUUUUUGUCUUUUAGUGAGUGGAAUGAUUGCAGCAGACAGCUACUGAAGCAUUGAGUUCGAGCUGAAUUGCAUUUUGUAUUAGUAUCUAUAGGAGACCCCAAAAGAAUAUGGCUUUGGAGUUAAAGUGCUAAUUUAUUAUUAUUAUCAUUAUCAUUAUUGUUGUUAUUAAUGUAUGAAUAAUAAUGAUAACAGUACGUUGAGUCAUUAUCUUGCUUCA